AUGACGCUCGACGGCCAGGAACCGCAUGGAGAUACCACUCCAUCACCUCUCGACAGCUCUAUCAAUGAAGAGAAACAGGACCACCCAGGAGUUGAGGAUGCCGCCCCCACAGAAGUUUCACCUCGCAAUAUCCACGGCUGGAAAUGGGCGGGUACCAUGGGUUCUCUAUUGUUCUCGGGCUUCUUGUAUGCUCUCGAUGCCACUGUCAUUGCCGACCUCCAACCGGUCCUCGUCGAAGAAUUUGGAGAGAUUCAGAAGCUGCCAUGGCUGAGUGUUGCUUUCUUGCUCUGCGCCACGGCUUCCAACUUAUUCUGGGGCCGCGCCUAUACCCAUUUCAACGCGAAGUGGUUAUACAUUUUCACCAUCAUCCUCUUUGAAGUCGGCUCUGCUAUCUGUGGUGCUGCGCCUAGCAUGAACGUCCUGAUCGUAGGACGGGCGAUUGCUGGCUUUGGCGGUGCUGGCCUCUAUAACGGACUUAUGACGAACAUUGCACUUACAACCACUAUGGCCGAACGUCCAGUAUACAACUCAAUGACUGGGCUCUUUUGGGGUAUCGGCAUUGUCCUGGGUCCAGUUGUCGGCGGCGCCUUUAACGAAUCUUCAGGAGGCUGGCGCUGGGCUUUCUACUUGAACCUUUUUAUUGGGGCUGUCUGUGCUCCCUUUUACCUAUUCGUACUUCCAAGCAAUGACCUUCACGCUGGAGCCACUAUCAAGCAACGGGUCGUUGAGAUGGAUUACUUUGGCAUUGUGAUACAGGCCGGAGCUCUUACAUCUUUUGUUAUGGCAAUCAACUGGGGAGGUAUCACCUACCCCUGGGGUUCGGGUCGCAUCAUUGCUCUGUUUGUUGUUUCCGGCGUACUUUUUGCUGUCCUGGCUGUUCAACAAGUAUUCAACAUCUUCACCUCGGAAGGGAGACGCCUUAUCCCAGUACAAUUCUUCAAGUCUCGUACAGUCCUGAUUCUUUUCAGCUCAACAGCAGCAGGAGGUGCGGCCGCUUUCGUGCCAAUUUACAUGAUACCUCUAUUCUUCCAACUCACCCGUGGGGAUAGUGCACUCAAAGCUGGUAUUCGACUACUUCCUUUUAUCGUCUUCUUGGUUGUAUUUACCUUCAUGAACGGCGGUUUAAUGGCCAAGUUGGGCUACUAUAUGCCGUGGUUCUUGGUAGGCGGCAUUUUCGUUGUCAUCGGCUCCGCCCUGAUGUUCAUCGUCGACCAAGACACUUCAACCGCUAAAAUUUACGGCUUCUCAAUUCUUCUCGGUUCUGGAGUAGGGAUGUUCUUCCAGGCACCCUUUUCUGUCACACCCGCCGUUGUGAAGCCGGAGAACAUCGGAUCUGCUAUCGGCUUCAUGACGCUGGCUCAGUUUCUUGGCAUCACUAUUGCUUUAGCUAUCGCCAACGCCGUCCUCCUCAACAAUAGCACAGACAAGAUACAGCAGAUCUUGCCUGACGUUCCGUUGGGUGAGAUUCAUGCCGCCGUCUUAGGAGUUGGCUCAGACCUUGUGAAAAGCCUCUCCCCAGAUCUUAGGACCCGCGUUAUUGGCGCAAUUGUUGACGCUAUUAGCACUACAUAUGCUCUUACCAUCGCUGCUGGUGCUCUUGUCGCUGUCACGAGCCUCAUUUUGCGACGUGAGAAAUUAUUUGGCGCCGCAGCUGGUGUAGUUGCCGCAUAA